UUAAACCAUUCUUGCAUUCUUCUCUUGCGCUCUCGCCAAUUGACUUUUAAUGAUCAAUUCCAAUAUACGAUUUGUUCUCAGCAUUCGCAUCAGUUACAUUUUACGUUGUGCGCUGGUAAACAUCAUACAACAACACAACACACAACGAUAACCGCCGUUUAGUUUUUGUCCGGUUUCUAUGUUGUUUUUCGAUAGUGGGUGAGUGUGCGUGUGUGUGUGUGCGCGCGUGUGCGUUUCAAAACUGCAUUCUUGAGCACUCAUCAUCAUUCAUUAUCUAUCAGCAAGACGCCAGUUUUAAGCUUAAUAUAUGGUAAUGGCAGAGAUUGGUGGCCAUUUGGCUCACCAGCUACCAAAUUUGCACAACCACACACAAAGUGGAUUACAACCGUCACUGGUGAUGAACCAUCACCUGGAAUUGGAUUGCCAUGGACAUGAUGUGAUAAAAAAACAGCGUUUAUCACUUUGUGUGGGCUGUGGCGGUCAAAUUCACGACCAGUAUAUCCUGCGCGUCGCCCCCGAUCUUGAAUGGCAUGCGGCAUGCCUCAAAUGCCAAGAAUGCCGGCAAUUUCUGGACGAGAGUUGUACGUGUUUUGUGCGUGACGGCAAGACGUACUGUAAGCGUGAUUACGUUAGGUUAUUUGGUACAAAAUGUGAUAAAUGCGGUAGCUCAUUUAGUAAAAAUGACUUUGUGAUGCGGGCCAAAACGAAAAUAUUUCAUAUUGAAUGCUUUCGUUGUUCGGCGUGUGCGAGGCAGCUGCUACCAGGCGAUGAGUUUGCGUUACGAGAUGGCGGCAUAUUAUAUUGUAAGGAAGACCAUGAUGUUCUAGAGAAAUCCUCGCAAAGUAGUCUAACGUCAUCAUCAAUAGAAAGCAACAACAAUAAUAGUAGUAGUAAUAAUAAUAAUACAAGUCUUAGUAAUAAUAAUCAUUCCAGCGAAUUGGGUUCAAUGUCAGAUUCUGGUAGCGAAUCGGGCUCACAUAAAAGUAUUAGGGAAAAAAGGCCUUCGGGUCCAUCGGAUGGUAAGCCGACACGGGUGCGAACGGUCUUGAAUGAGAAGCAACUGCAUACAUUGAGAACCUGCUACAACGCUAAUCCGCGACCUGAUGCGCUCAUGAAGGAGCAGCUGGUGGAGAUGACUGGUCUCUCGCCACGCGUCAUACGAGUCUGGUUUCAGAAUAAACGCUGCAAAGACAAGAAGAAAACUAUACAAAUGAAACUGCAGAUGCAACAGGAGAAGGAGGGACGAAAGCUCGGUUAUGGCGCCAUGCAGGGCAUACCGAUGAUUGCAAGUUCGCCGGUGCGCCACGAUUCGCCGCUCAAUUUGCAGGGCCUCGAUGUGCAAACAUAUCAGCCGCCAUGGAAAGCCUUAUCCGACUUCGCGUUGCAUGCGGAUUUGGACAGCAAUGGUGCGAUAAACACGCAUACGCCCGCGUUCCAACAAUUGGUGAAUCAGAUGCAUGGUUACGAUCUCAAUGGCAUGCCACCGCUGCCACCACAUCAACAGCAAGGACCACAUCCGCCACCGCCCGGCCAACAAAUGAACGGACCACCCAUUGGCAGCAUGGACUCGGGCAUAACGUCACAUCAUCACCCGGACAGCACUGACUCAUAUGUGACCUAUCUGGAGAGCGAUGACAAGUCCAAACUGGCUUUGACACCAACAUCGUCAAUGUCUUUGUCACUGUCUUCAUCGUCGUCAUUAUCAUCAUCAUCGGCAUCAGCGGCCACAUCAAUCGCUUCGCCACCAUCAGCCUCAAAUACAGCCAAUGGAAGUGUGAGUGGCAUCGUCGGCCUUAGUGGAAGUGGAGCUGGAGCAGGAAUUGGCGUUGGAGCUGGAUCUAGUGGUAGUAUUGGUGUUGGUGGUAUAGCUUGUGCGCUAAACACAGGUCUCGGUCUGGGAGCCAUUGGGAUGGGCGGUGGUGGCGGCGGUGGCCUUGGUGGCACAGCGAGCUGUGGCCAAGCGCAAUCUGCGACGGAGCAGCUAAUGCAAAUGUUGCAAAAAGUAACCGCUUCGCCAUCGCAUGCGGUGCUAUGAAGGAUGUACGAGGAGUUCUGUCGUCAAGCCGGAACUCAGUGAUGCGCAAAGGGCAAAUGUGCAAUUUCCAAAGGAGGUGUAAGAGGAGCAGGCGACUAUUGGAAGGGCAAGCAGGUAUAGAGAAGCAACUGCAGUUGAUGAGCAGUAUAAGUAUAUGAGUAUGUGUAUAUGUAGCUCGUAGUAGAAAAGGCGCCUCAGUAUAAGCUUUAGUUGCCGGUUGAAUAAGAGUGUUAAUGAUUGAGCACUUCAGCGCGCAAUGUCGUUUAACAGUAGCUGAGAAUGAGCGACAGCAUUCGCGAGACAAGCUGCGCUAGAAUUUCGUCACCAAAAGCGUGUAGAGCGCGCGCCAAGAGUGUGAAUAUUACACGAACAAUACUUAAAAGCAUGAAGAGUGCACUGCUACGCCCGCUGUUGCCUACUGUUAGGCGCAAUUUUUGGUAAUGAAAUUUUAGUGCGUUGAAUUACGAAAUCGCAGUGCAGUUUAAUCAAGCAAUCAAAUUGUUACUUUAUCCAAUUGUUGCAUGGUUUGGCAAACAUUUUCACACUCUUUAAAGAACAUAAAAUUGGAAUUAUUUAAAAACUUUCAAAAGAAAUUUGCGCAAAGGCAUUGAAAAAUGGCUGCAAAUGCAAACAGAAAUGCUCACUCACUUGAAAAGUUCAUUAAUUGUAAAAACAAAAACUCAGUUUAAAGAAAUUGAAAACAA